ACCUACCCCCACCAUCUCUUGGCAGCAAAUCGAGUCGCGAAAUCCUCUGCCUAGGUAAUCGAUUUAAUUCUGCGUGUUGGCCGGCACUUCGUCAUUCACCAUCCCGACGUACCGUAACCAUACCCUACCCUGCCUCAUCUGGACGAGAUCCAUCUCACCCACGCGAUAACUUCUUCAUCAGUAGCAUCCGUCCUCGCAGUCACACCCUUGCGCCUUGGGGAUUCUAUGUCUUUUACUGCUACCUACUUGCACAAGCGCGAUACCAUCUCGCGCCGACACCAACGAGGCGGAAGCUCCUGUGGUCGUCGAGGUGAGCCGCUCAAUUUGUCAAAACGCGUCGCGCCCAUCAAUGUGAUAAGAAAAGGGACAAAUAUUUGGUCAAGAGCCCAGUCACCUUGUCGCGCCUCCCUGUUCAUCUCCCAGCCUCCUUCAGCAAGCAAACCAGCAACGUCUAGUUGACAACUACGUAAGGUACCUUACCUACCUUGGGUACUUUGUUUGGUACCUUACUAUUGUUGAUUUGUUCGUUCUGGCUGCCACAUAUUGAUCGGAAGUCGCCGGUACAUUCUUUAUUUCUCUCUAUCUCUCGCUUUCCCGCGCUUCAUCUUGUCCCGUUUAGUUGCCGCUCCCUCCUGCCUCUAACAAGCGCCUGUCGAUCAUCCACUUCUUGUCGUCGCGUCUCGUUUUGUUCACACUUCAGAUUGUCCCUGCCGCGUCGUGCCUGGGAGCCGACGGGAGGGAGUCUGCGUCAAAAGUCAUCGUUUCAAGGCGUUCUGCGCAUCUCCAAAACAGACCGAGGCGCGACCUCAUGCUAUUUGCCCGCUUUGCUACACCGAGUAUCGUUGCGUCAUUAUCGCAGGCUACAUUAUAAUACCUUACUCAGCAGGUUCAACGGCUAUUAACUACCAUGCCUAGAGACGACCUGUCAAUCGACUUUGUCAAGAGGAUGCCCCAAGGCGAAAGCAUCGACCCCUCCCUGAUCUUGGAUGACUGGAUCAACCGCGUGCAGAAUUUGCCCGAGGAAAUCCGCUUCAUUCAAGAUGAAAUAUUGGACAAGGACAGGCAGUAUAAUGACUGCAUAAAGAUCAUUGAGGAUCGUGACAGCCGUAUCCAGAAAUACAUCAAGGCUCACGGAAGCCACGCAGAAAACCCUAAGGAGGCUAGCCUACGUGCCACAAUCCGGGAAAACUAUGCUACAGCUGAUCGACUCGCCGGCGAGAAGGUGGCCCUCUCCGAGAGAAUGAAGUUGAUCAUGGACAAGCAUGUUCGCGAGCUGGACAAGCAGCUCAAGAUCCUCACUGAUAGAAACGAACCCGGCUUUACCGACCCUGACGAGCUCCCAUCCCUCCUGCGCCCGAACGCAAACCCACCCCCGACAACCUCUCGAGUGUCCCUCACCGUUAACACCAACAUUCCCCAUAGCCAAAGUCAGACCUCUGCUACCACGACGGCCACGGCUCGCGCGGGGAACUCAUCUAUUCGUACUGCACAAACGCUACACAACUCUGCAUCGGCGCCCGCAACGCCAGCAGCUGGUAUCAUUUUGGGCCGACAAGCUCGCGAGGUUUCGGCCGGACCUAGUGGCGGAGUUCCUAAGAGGGGCCCACGUAUCAACGGCGGAGCCGGCAGCGCCGCAACACCCACCAGCAAUCUGGCUAGACACUCGUCGCUGGGCCCUGGCACGCCAAAGGGGCACACAGCUACUGGCGUGCAGAGGGCAGGUAGCGCCGGACCCAGAGCAUCCAGCAAGGGCGCGGCAGCGGCUUCGUCUGGACGGAAAGGGACACCAUCUUCUACAGGCGGGCGAAAGAAGACUCCGGGGGCAUCUGGCGGUACCACGAAGUCGGGGUUGUCACGGGUGAAGCGCGUAGCAAAGAACUCGCCAUCUUCCAACGCCGACUCGGAGCUUUCUGAUGACAUGUCUGCCAGUGGUGACGAGGUUAGGUCCCGCACUGGUACGCCCAGUGCCCCGACUUCAGUACCUUCGCGCAAAGAUGGUGGAGCUCAUGGGGAGGGACUAGCAUCAGGAGCCACGCUUCUUAAGAAGGAGAGACAUGGUUCGGAUGAUGACGAGGAGAUGGUCGACCCUGAAGACGAGGAGGCUGGCGACGAUCGGAAGUAUUGCCUGUGCCAAAACGUCAGUUUUGGCAAUAUGGUGGCCUGUGAUAAUCCGGAUUGUCCACUCGAGUGGUUUCAUUGGUCCUGUGUCGACCUUAAGUCGGAGCCAGCUGGCGCAUGGUUUUGCCCCCGUUGCAGGGAGGACCCCAAGGUUCUCGCCAAGGCCGGGAACAAGAAGAGAUAGCGUCUCUCUGGCCCGCUUGUUGCAGAUCCAAAUGCUGCCGGUGGCCGUGACAGCUGCUCGGCCACCAAUCUGAAUAAGAACAAAUUCCCAACCGAGGGCGUGUCGGCAGAGUCGCGUUCCAUGCCUAUCGACGGACAUGUUAACUCACAGCGAACGGGUGGCCCUGAUGUCGUUAAGGCGCUUCGCCAUGGUGCCCCGCCUCCCCAGCGCUCCCAUUCCCGGUUUCUGGAGACUGGAAUCAUAGAGCCCAGUAACGAGACUCACAGCGCAACCUAGGAAGGCCACGGUCUGUUGCCGAACCGGGCAACUUGUUUUCAAGGUUGACAUGGUACAGCGGAUAUUCUCAUGGUUUGUUUUGUGGCGCGUCAUCUUGAGUCUUGUAAGUUUUGGUUCUCAAUUUUCGUUGUUGGUCAACACGUAAUCACUUCGAGGAUUGAUUAUCUAUAAGAUUGAAAGAACUAAGUACACAGAAACGAGAUCGUACUUGACACUUCCCACCUCGAACGUACCGGGAGUCUGAAUUGGAUGUCAAAGAUGACUUAAGAGUAGAAUACGAGCCGUGAGAAUUAAUUCGCUUUUCCUAACUUGUCUUCGCCAUUAUGCCUUGUCUCUGGAAGCAAUCCCGAAUACAUAACACGCUAUUAUUGCCCUUGCUUGCAUUGCCCCUUUCAGCCCAAGGGGGCCAGGUUGAUCAUCAAAAACAGAAGAAUUCAUUAAAUUACUAGCUGAGAGAUUGUAUGCACUAUAGUCCGCCACACUAUGGCUCAGUGCUCCAAGAGCCUCAAGCUACCCUGCACGACUACGUUCUCCAGGAUGGAUCCCGGGGGGAUGUCGAUGGUCUGACCCUCGGUAGCGACAAUGAUGACGGUACCCUUGAAGGUAACACCACGGCCCAGGUUGACGGCGCCGGUGAUGGUCAAGUGGUCGAGCUCGAUCAUCUUGGGGAUAGAAGAG